CCCGUACUCUGAGUGAUAACAGGUGUGUCUGGGGAUGCUGGCUGGGCUGGAUUUGUAGCAGUGUCCCAGCUGUCCCCUUUUUUCCACGCUGAAUGUCUCAGGCUGGCCCCAGUGCAGUGAGAGAGCUCGAAGGGGUGGUCUCUGGUCUGCAGCUGAUGGUAGCGCUGUCACUGCAAGCCUGAGAGGUCAGUGUGGGACCCAGCGGGACAAGCCCCGGUGUCACCUCUGCUACUGUCACAGGCAGUGCCUUGCACAGGUACAGGGGGACCAGGGGCUGUACUGAGGGUGCCAAAUGGGGCUCAUGGGCUCGGGGAGUGCAGAACCAGCCUGCCCUGGGGACCCAAAUCAGGGUAGGCAGGCGCUGGCCGUGGCCCCCUGGACAAUUGCAGCAGUCAGCCCUUCCUAAUCUCCGGGGGGAUUAGCAGGGUCCAGCUCAGCGCGAUGCACACAGGGAUAACGUCCUGCGGAAGGCUGACAAAGCCCCUGCACUGGCAGGGGUCAGGGGAGAGGGGCUGUUGGGGUCACUCUGGCCUUCUUCCCCUCUCCCCAUCCCCUGUGCUGCAUCUCCCCUGCUCUGCUCUUUCCAUUGUUCAUGACACUGAAACACUUUCUUUCCCCUCUCCUCCAUCCCUGGCAGCGGUGGGCUGUGCUGUGGGGCCCUGGGGGCCGUGGAGCGGGUGCAGCUCCCCGUGCGGGGUUGGCAGCAGGGCCCGCAGCCGCCAGGUCACCGUGCCGCCCCGGCACGGCGGGGAUCCCUGUCCCGACCUCAAGCAGCGCCGCGGCUGCCUGGGGCAGCACCCGACCUGCGGCACGGCCAAAGCUGCUCUUCUGCCAGAGGUAGCCAAGAUACUCCCCAGCUCCUUCAGCCAGGACUUCAGAGAUCCCUGGCGAAGAGCGGGGCUGCCACUGCCGGAGGAGCCCUCUGGCUCCUGCGGCUAUUUCCGCCUGGCGCAGGUGGGACCCCCGUGCCGCGGGCGCGCCUGGAGCCGCCGGCUGCAGCGGGACAAGCAGGUGUGCGUGCAGUGCUGGGGGAAUCCGUCCCACCGCCGUCCCCACUGCACUGGACACGGCCUGCAAGGAGCCAGGACAUUUUGGGUGGCAGCUUCUGUGGUGGGGUGCCAGGGCUCAUGGGUGCAGGAAGGCCUGGAAGAGGGCUGUGUCUGCUCCCCACCAGCUCUCAUCUUCGUGUAGGAUCCCCCUGGGAAGGUGAGCUGAGCCUCCCCAUGGCACCACUCCUUGCUGGGGAGGUAAGGAAUUAAAUUAAAAUGUGCUCUCUUUCAUAAUUUCACCUUCCUGCAGGUUUGCUGUUUACCCUUGGUGCCUGCUCCCUGUUUUCCAUUAAAUAUUUUGCUGAAGAAUGGAAAAACCCUUCUUAUAAAAACUAAAAAUAAGGAAUUGCUGAAGUGUGGUGAUUAAUGGCAGAAGAACAGCAUGAUGAGGUUAAGGCUGGGUGACAUGAUGUGAUGAUGUUAUGCUCAGCCAUGACAUCAUACUUUCAAAGAGCUGCAACUGGCAAGAAACGUGAGGAUGGAGGCAGCAUCCCUCCUCUCUGAGCCCACUCACUGCAGUAGCAGGUGAGCUGUGCAGGGCAGUUCAGCCCUGCUUUGCAGAGAGGAAUUAAAGACACCCAAAGUCUGCGCACAGCCAAUGGUGCCAGUGCCCAGUUCCAGCCGUGGGGCUCAGCAGCUCCCACUGGAAGAAGUGAGGCUGGGCUGGGUGCUGCUGCUGCCCUUCCCCAGUCCUUGCCCAGCAUUGCAUGAGCUUGCUGGUGGGGUCCCUGCUCUAGCUGUGGGUGGUGCU